CAAUUUGACACAUAUCUAACAUUUUAUCUGUAUUUUGCGAACCGAGUGCACAAACCCGAAACUGUGCGUGAUACUUCUUACAACUUACAAGUUCAUCGACAGCUGUUAUCUAUUGUUUUAGUGUUAGUGAAUCAUGGGUAACCAUAGUAGUCAUAGUACCCAUGAAAAAGACGGGUUAGAAAGUGGCAGUGGUACGAGCACCCCGAGAGGUUCUACCAGAGGAACGCGAUCAGGUUCCAGUGGUGAACUGCAAGGCCAACAGGAAAAGGUUGAGACCCAAACAACCUCCUUGGUUCCUGUUGAAAAACUUGGCAAGCUCCUCGCGCACCGCUCGCAGAAGGAAGAUGGCAUCAAUGGCGUCACGGAAAACUCGUUUACCAAAUAUUUAUUCCCAAAGUACCCGGAUCUGGCGCGCCAGUUCUACAGAUACGUACACAAGAGCGGCAAGUGUAAAAACAAGCACAUUCCUCUGUCUACCUUCAAGCAACAGUGCGAGAAGAUACUUGCCAUGUUGGACGAUAACGCCAUUAUCGAAACCUACGUUAGGAUGUUCAGCGCAGAGGCAGAAGACGGCACUGUGAGGCCGGACGACUUUAGAAGUCUCCUCUACAUUAGUUACAAGCUGUCGAUGGACCAUUACCCAGAAGGACCUCAGACUUGCAUAAUGAUCAACAAAACGUUGACAGCAGUGGUCAAGGGUUGCUUCAAUAAUAAAGAUUCGCACAGCGUCGGGUUCGUGGUCCGCUGGCUCGAAGAACACUGUCAUAGGCUUAUAUUUCCCGUCCACAGGUACUGCGUGCACAUGCUGGCCACGCGGCACCGCGAGCUGGAGGCGGCGGGGGCGGGGGCGGGCGGCGCGGCGCUGGAGCUGGGCACGCCGGUGCUGGAGCGCAGCGCGUGGGGCGCGGCGGGCGCGCUGCCCGUGUCGGCCGCCUGGCUGCUGGCCGCCACCGCGCCGCCGCUGUACAGCCGGCCCGCGCGCCCGCCGCCGCAGCCGCACCCCGGCGGUACGAGUGCAUCGGCUGCGUGGCUGGCCCGGCUGGUGUGCGCGUUGCCGUCGCACUGGGCGCCGCUGUACUUGUCCCGGGAACACGGGCUCGGCGCCAACCGGUUCCUACACCACACGCUGGCAUACCGUGGACCCACUCUGGUGGUGGUGGAAGGCGCGGGGGAAAGCGUGACGGUGGUUGUGUGCGCGUCGCAGGAGUGGCGUGAGACGCACCAGUACUGGGGCGGGCCCGACUGCGCGCUCGUGCAGCUCUACCCCACGUACGCGCUGGUGGAGCGGGCGCCCAAGAUGCUGUACCUGAACUCGUGCAUCCGCGGCUACCCGAAGGGCCUGCGCGCCGGCUCCGACCCGCGCCGCCCGCUGCUGGCCGUGGCCGAGGGCUUCGACGCCUUCACCUUCCAGGGCGUGCCCUACGAGCUCGCGGCCAUCGAGGUAUGGGGCUGCGGAGAACAGUCUCUAAGAGACGCUCAACUUGAUGUUAAGAAAUGGCAAGUAAAAGAGGCAGAGAGACAGCGACAGGUAAAAAUAUCUGCAGCGGACUGGAUAGAACACCCAGAUAGAUACCUCUUAGAGUUGGCAGGAAGACCUCAGUACAACAACUCGGCUAGCUAGGAGUUACCCACUUGAACACAUUUAGUAUUGUACCUAAGAAAGUAAAAGUUCCACGGAACUUUUUGUUUUGGUUCCAUAAACAAAAAUGUAUAGUUAUAGUUUUUUAUCUUUAUAUAUUACAUUUAUAUAAUUUGUGUUUAUGGGAACAAGAUCUUCCAAAAUACUUGAGUGUGGGCGUUUCUUAGAGCUGUUAAUCAGUAAGAAGUGUGCUAUGAUUAACAAGCCAAUUUCAAACGAUAUUAAUAAUGAAAGUCAACUGUAAAUUUUUGUUAUAAUUCCAGAAAAAUAAAAAUUAAGCGUUCCAGAGAGUAGUUUCUCUGGGUUUUAUUAAUUAAUAAAUAUAUUGUCACGUUUUUCUAUGAACAAUAGUUUCAUACCGAAUGUUAUUUUAAACAAGUAUUUACGUUAUGUAUUUAUUGGUUUUAAUUUUUUCAUAAUUGCUUAUAGAAACUCUCCUGGAAUUAUUUUUGAAAAGAUUUUCCAAAAAACAAGCGAAAAACAUACGUAUAUAGUCUAUUUGAGUACUUAGGACAAAACAUUUAAAAUGGUACUUAAAUAUUUUUCUUUAUAGUGUUAACCAAUUGACAUAUAUUUUAGAAAUAAACUUUUUUGAACUAUCGAUUUGACAAGAUUAUAUAAAUGUCUAUCAUAUUUAAACGUCAUCACCACUUUUUAGAAGAUCUGAUUUAAUGCGAUGCCCUAAUUAUUGUUUACAUUUUCGGCACAAAUUUUAACUGCAUUCUGACAUACGUAAUCUGAAAUUAAAAAUCGCGGGAAAAAAACUUAGCGUGAUUUAUGGUAUAUUAAAAACUCUAUAGCUAGGUCUAACUCAGUUUGAUACUUGUAAAAUAAUAUGACAAAAUCCAGAUAUAGUAAAACUACUCAUAAUAAAAUUUUAGGCUUAAUUAUAAUUUACAAAAAUAAUCAACAUAUUUUUGUAAUAUUAUUGAAUUCCUGUUAGUUGAGUAUCAAACUAGCGUUAAGAGAUCAAUAGCAUUGUUUCACAAACAGUUUCUAUAUUCUAUCUUGAAAUUUACUUAUCUGUGACAUUAUAAAACAAUUCUUAUAAUUAUUAAUAUAUUAUAUUAAUUCUUAUUCUUAUUUGGUUUAAAUAUUAAAAUUCAAUCUAUAGUACGUAAUGUCAGAGAAAGAUAAAUGUGGACCGACCAUGUUAUGUUAGUAUAUAAAAGUUUCGUAAACAAAUUCAGGUCACGUGUGUCAGUAUCAACUUCUACCUGUUUUGACCUGUUUAAAGUAAGACUUAGGUUGCUCAAAUAAAGACAACUCAUUUUAGUCAUUUAGAUUUUAGGUCAAGUUCAAGUUAAGUAUAAAAUGUAUAUAGUUAUAACAAAUUUGUAAAUUGAAUUUUCAAAAUUUUGUAUUAUUUUUUUAUGUAAAUUUUUUGAUUCAAAAUUAGUUGAAAAUUGUAAUGUUGAUAUAUCUUUAAUACCGAAAAAAAAACAAAAAACAAGCAUGAGACAGAAAGUAAAUAAAAUUGUUAUUGGUGAUUAAAACUUGAAUACUAUUCAAUUACCUCUACUUAUUAGGUAAGGAAUUAUAACACCAAUUAAGAUAUAAAUAUUAUAACUAGUAUUAUUAACAAAUGAAAUUAUAUACUUCAAGAAUUUGGCAAAAGGAAAUUAUAGUUAUACCAAAUUGCGCUAACCCGACUUACACGAAUACUGACUUACUAUGUUCGAAUCGAUAGAUUUAUUAUUUUAUUCACACUCCUCUUGUUAUAACAUUCAUUUUUGUUUCAUGUUUAUUUAAAUGUGGUUUUUGUUAGUAAACGAUACGGCCAAGUAUGAAAGUCGCAUAUAAGUUAAAAGUACGCAGUGUUGUGACUUACAAGUGCUGACUUACGUAAACUUGACAUACGCGGUUACUGUGUCUCGGCCUAGCUCAAAAUAUUUUUUUUAACAUAAUGACGUAAUAUUUUUAGAAAAGCUAGUAUUUUUGAAUUGGAAUUUGUUCCUAAUAAUUGUAGCCAUAAUAAAAAGUCAUUAAAAUUUUAAAUAUAUUUUAAUAUAAUAGAUAUUGAAGUCGAUUUGUGAAAAGACAAUUAUUCAAUACAUUUUUACGUGAUGAUAAAAUGCUGCACGUUGAAAUAACGAUGAUAUUUUGCGCUUGUUAACAAAUAAAUUAUAGUCUGUCA